GAAAUUACAAGGGGUGAUUUUGAGACAGAUUUCAAUGGGGCAUGGGAAUUGCUUUCACCAAACUCGGGUGUUUCAGCAAUGCAAAUCAAUUUGAUGCCAACAAACAAGAUUAUUGUGUAUGAUGCCACCAUUUAUCGCAUCUCUAGGAUCCAAUAUCCACCGGGGGUGCCUUGUGUUCCAUUCAUGGAUGAAUUCACCUACCAAAUGAAACAAGAUUGCUUUGCUCAUUCUAUGGAAUAUGAUCUUGACACAAAUCAAGCUAGGCCACUCAAGGUAACGGCAGAUCCAUGGUGUUCAUGUGGAGGGCUUGCACCUGAUGGAACCCUAAUAAGCUCUGGCGGUUUCAGAGAUGGAUCAAGAACCAUCAGAUACUAUGGUGGACCUAACUGCCAAAAAGACUGUGAUUGGAGGGAACAUAAUGAAGCUUUGAAAGAAGAUAGAUGGUAUGGAAGUCAAACAAUUCUUCCGAAUGGUGAUUUCAUAGUGAUAGGAGGUCGCAGAUCUUUUAGCUAUGAGUUCCUCCCUAAAGUAGAAGGUCAAAUUACCGAUAAACCCUACUUCUUCCCAUUCCUCUAUGAAACCUCAGACCUUGAUGAAAACAAUCUCUAUCCUUUUGUCCACCUUAUUCCUGAUGGAAAUCUCUUCCUUUUCUCCAACAAUCGCUCUCUCCUUCUCAAUCCAACCAACAACAAGGUUGUCCGCACCUUCCCCGUCCUCCCAGGCGGCUCGAGAAACUACCCGGCCUCCGGCAUGUCCGCCCUUCUCCCCAUAAACCUCAAUAAUAAUAAUGUUACCGCCGAAGUCAUGGUAUGCGGCGGCAACAACCCCAAUGCAUUUUUCUUAGCCGAAACUAGAAAAACUUUUCUUUCAGCUCUUCAAGAUUGCAAUAGGAUGGUGAUCACAGACCCUAACCCUACCUGGGACUCAGAACGAAUGCCUUCAAGGAGGACCAUGGGGGAUGCCCUAAUACUCCCCAAUGGACAAAUCUUGUUCAUUAAUGGAGCGCAAGUGGGUACGUCUGCAUGGUGGGAUGCAGACCAACCCAAUUUGACUCCGGUCUUGUAUAGUCCUGAAAAGGCGAAAGGAAAGAGAUUUAAGGUUAUGAAGCCUACGACGAUUGCGAGAAUGUACCAUUCAACCUCCGCAGUGAUUCCUAAUGGCAAGAUUUGGGUUGCUGGUAGCAACACUCAUGACACUUACAAAGAUCAUGAUAAGUUCCCAACUGAAACUAGGGUUGAAGGAUUCUCUCCUCCUUAUCUUGACCCUAAGCUAGACAACUUUCGACCUCAAAUCAUUGAACAAACUUCCACCAAGGAUUUGAAGUAUGGAGUUAACUUUGAGACACAAUUUUCAGUCAAGAGAGGAUUUCAUUUGACCAAGAAUGAUAUCAAAGUUACCAUGUACUUCCCUCCUUUUACAACUCAUGGAGUGUCUAUGAGCCAAAGGCUUUUGGUUCUCAAAAAUGAAGCUUUUGUUAAAGAUUUUAUUAAGGGGGUUUUUAAGUUAACCUCCGUGGCGCCGCCCGCCGGUGAGGUUGCUCCUCCGGGAUAUUACUUGCUAUUUGUUGUCCACCGUGGGGUACCUAGCAAAGGAAUGUGGGUACACAUUCAGAAAUAG